AUGGGCAACGACGGUGUCACCCAGCCCGUCAUGGGCCUACCAAAUUUUGUGAUUGACUUCCUAAUGGGCGGCGUAUCCGCCGCCGUUUCCAAAACCGCUGCGGCUCCCAUCGAACGGAUCAAGCUUCUCCUCCAGAACCAGGAUGAAAUGAUUAAGGCCGGCCGACUUAAUCGCAAAUACGACGGCAUUUUCGACUGCUUCAGUCGCACUGUCAAGGCCGAAGGAGUCCUGGCGCUCUGGAGGAGCAAUGGCGUCAACGUCAUCCGCUACUUCCCCACCCAGGCACUCAACUUUGCAUUCCGGGACACGUACAAGAAUAUGUUCGCAUUCAAGAAGGACCGAGACGGAUAUUUGAAGUGGAUGAUUGGCAAUUUGGCAUCUGGCGGGCUCGCUGGCGCAACUUCCCUGCUUUUCGUCUACUCUCUCGACUAUGCCCGUACCCGCUUAGCCAAUGACUCCAAGGCUGCCAAGGGCCACGGUGAACGCCAGUUUACGGGUCUCGUUGACGUCUACAAAAAGACCCUUGCCACGGAUGGUAUUGCUGGGCUCUAUCGUGGCUUCGGCCCGUCCGUCUUCGGUAUCGUGGCCUACCGUGGCCUUUACUUUGGGAUGUACGAUUCACUCAAGCCAGUACUGCUCGUCGGGUCCUUGGAUAACAGCUUUGUGGCGUCUUUUCUGCUUGGCUGGGGCGUCACCGUCGGCGCCGGCAUUGCGUCGUACCCCAUCGAUACUGUUCGUCGCCGGAUGAUGAUGACUUCCGGAGAAGCUGUGAAGUACAAAUCUUCCCUCGACGCUGCCCGCCAAAUUGCUGCCGCGGAGGGUUACCGUUCCUUCUUCAAGGGUUCUGGUGCAAACGUCCUUCGUGGCAUUGCUGGAGCAGGCGUGUUAUCUAUAUACGAUCAGGUCCAGCUCCUUGUUUUCGGGAAGAAGUUCAAGGGUGGUUCUGGAUGA